UCACUUCAACAUGAAGACUUUCAUCGUAUUGGCCCUAGCUAUUGCAGCAGUUGCUGCUGAAUCUUUUGAGCAGGUUCUUCCCAAGGAUCUGCCACAAUCUCAAAAGAUCGAGGGACGCAUUACCAACGGCUACCCAGCCUACGAGGGCAAGGCUCCUUACACUGUUGGCCUGAGCUUCAACGGUUGGUGGUGCGGUGGUUCCAUCAUUGCUCACGACUGGGUGCUGACUGCUGCUCACUGCACCAACGGUGCCAGCUCUGUGACCAUCUACUAUGGUGCCACCUGGCGUACCAACGCCCAGUUCACCCACUCGGUUGGCAGCGGCAACUUCAUCCAGAAUGGCAACUAUCCCAGUCAGAGCGGCAACGAUAUCGCUUUGAUCCGCACUCCACAUGUCGACUUCUGGAGCAUGGUCAACAAGGUUGAGCUGCCCAGCUACAACGAUCGUUACAACAUGUACGAUAACUGGUGGGCUGUUGCAUGCGGUUGGGGUGGCACCUAUGAUGGCUCUCCUCUGCCCGAUUGGUUGCAGUGCGUCGACCUGCAGAUCAUUAACAACGACCAGUGCUCCCAGGUCUAUGGUCACCAACCCGAAGGAAUUCUCUGUGUUGCCACUCCCGAUGGCAAGUCUACCUGUAGUGGCGACUCUGGCGGCCCAUUGGUGCUCCACGAUGGCGCCAAGCUAGUUGGUGUUGCUUCCUGGGUAUCUAGUGCUGGUUGUCAAUCUGGCCAUCCAUCUGGUUUCACUCGUGUUACUGCUCAGCUGGAUUGGAUUCGCGACAAUUCCGGCGUCGCUUACUACUAAACAUUGACUUUAAAAUAUAUCGCAAAUAUUAUUUUGUUGUCUUUGU